UUAAUUGAAUGGACUCGUGGGUCUGCCUGCUGUUCAGGUAGAUCACUGCCUUACCCCUGCCUCUGGGUGCCAAGCGUGCAGCCUGCCCUCCAGCCCCGACUCCACCUGAUCUCCACCCCCCCACCAGCCAGGCCACCCGCAGCGGGUAACCAUACACUGUGUAGGUUACAGCAGGGAUCUCCCCCACCCCCGAAGCCAGCUUUGCAUACAGUUUCAUUUCUGAUCUCUCUAAAGCCCGGGCAGAGCAUACCCCUGUCCAGCCUAGUGACCUUCGCCUGAGCUCUGGUUAAUAUUUGUCUGAUCCAAAGGCAGUGGGGCUCCGCCCCCGUGAAGAUAUAAACUGGCCCGGGGCUGCUCUGCCUUCCUGUUGGCCUGAGCUACUCCAAGCUCCCUGCCCACCAGCAUCAUGGCCAAGGGUUUCUACAUUUCCAAGACCCUGGGCAUCUUGGGCAUCCUGUUGGGCGUGGCAGCUGUGUGUACCAUCGUAGCGCUGUCGGUGGUCUAUGCUCAGGAGAAGAAUAGGAAUUCAGAGAACUCUGCCGUAGCCCCCACGCUCCUGGGCAGCACCUCAACCACCACCUCAACUACCACCUCAACUACCACCUCAGCCACCACCUCAACUACCAGCCCUGCUAUAGAUGAAAGCAAACCUUGGAACCAGUAUCGCUUGCCUAAGACUCUUAUACCUGACUCCUACCGGGUGACCCUGAGACCCUACCUCACCCCCAACGAGCAGGGCCUGUACAUCUUCAAAGGUUCCAGUACUGUUCGCUUUACCUGCAAUGAGACGACGGACGUCAUCAUCAUCCACAGCAAAAAGCUCAACUACACCCUCAAAGGGAACCACAUGGUGGUGUUGCGAGCCCUGGAUGACUCUCAGGCACCUAACAUUAGCAAAACUGAACUGGUAGAGCGUACUGAGUACCUGGUGGUGCACCUGCAGGGGUCCCUGGUAAAGGGCCAUCAGUACGAGAUGGACAGUGAGUUCCAGGGGGAGCUGGCUGAUGACCUGGCUGGCUUCUACCGCAGCGAGUACAUGGAGGAUGGCAACAAGAAAGUGGUGGCCACAACGCAGAUGCAGGCUGCUGACGCUCGGAAAUCCUUCCCAUGCUUCGAUGAACCAGCCAUGAAGGCCUCGUUCAACAUCACGCUCAUCCACCCCAGCAACCUCACUGCUCUGUCUAACAUGCUUCCCAAAGGUUCCAGUCCCUUGCCGGAAGACUCUUCCUGGACCGUUACUGAGUUCCACCCCACCCCCAAGAUGUCCACGUACCUGCUGGCCUAUAUCGUGAGCGAGUUUAAAUGCGUAGAAUCCAACUCAUCCAGUGGUGUCCAGAUUCGAAUCUGGGCUCGGCCCAGUGCCAUUGAUCAGGGCCAAGGUGAUUAUGCACUGAAUGUUACAGGCCCCAUCCUAGACUUCUUUGCCCAACAUUAUAAUACAUCUUACCCGCUACCAAAGUCUGACCAGAUUGGCCUGCCUGACUUCAAUGCUGGAGCCAUGGAGAACUGGGGGCUAGUGACCUACCGUGAGAGUUCCAUGGUCUUUGACAGUAAUUCUUCCUCCAUUAGCAACAAGGAGCGGGUGGUCACUGUAAUUGCUCAUGAGCUGGCCCAUCAGUGGUUCGGCAACCUGGUGACGGUGGAUUGGUGGAAUGACCUGUGGCUGAACGAGGGCUUUGCCUCCUAUGUAGAAUAUCUGGGUGCUGACUAUGCAGAACCCAGCUGGAAUCUGAAAGACCUCAUGGUACUGAAUGACGUGUACCGUGUGAUGGCCGUGGACGCGCUCGCCUCUUCCCACCCACUUUCCAGCCCUGCCGAUGAGGUCAAAACGCCAGCCCAGAUCAGUGAGCUGUUUGACACCAUCACCUACAGCAAGGGAGCCUCAGUCAUUAGGAUGCUGUCCACCUUCCUGACAGAGGACCUGUUCAAGAAGGGCCUUUCAUCUUAUCUUCAAACCUUCCAAUACUCGAACACCAUUUAUCUGGACCUGUGGGAACACCUGCAAAAGGCUGUGGACCAACAGACAGCUGUCACACUCCCAGCCUCGGUGCGCACCAUCAUGGACCGCUGGAUUCUACAGAUGGGCUUUCCUGUCAUCACUGUGGACACCAGUACAGGAGAAAUCUCCCAGGAACACUUCCUCCUGGACCCCAAUUCCAAUGUUACCCGCCCCUCAGACUUUAAUUACCUCUGGAUUGUGCCCAUUCCGUUUCUCAAAAGUGGACAAGAGGAGGAGCCCUACUGGCUGGAGGUCCAGAAAAACCAGAGUGAAAAAUUCCGGACAUCGUCGUCACCCGAUGACUGGAUCUUACUGAACACUAAUGUAACCGGCUACUAUCAGGUUAACUAUGAUGAAAACAACUGGAGGAAGCUUCAGAAUCAGCUGCAAACAGAUCUUUCUGCUAUCCCUGUCAUCAACCGGGCACAGAUUAUCCAUGACUCCUUCGACCUGGCCAGUGCUCAAAAGAUACCCAUCACUCUGGCGCUGAACAACACCCUCUUCCUGGACAAAGAAACGGAAUACAUGCCCUGGUCGGCUGCCCUGAGCAGCCUGAACUACUUCAACCUCAUGUUGGACCGCACAGAGGUCUAUGGCCCCAUGAAGAGCUAUCUGAAGAAGCAAGUCACACCCCUCUUCUUCCACUUCCAAAGUAUAACCGGCAACUGGACCAGUCGUCCUCCAACACUAAUGGAGCAGUAUGGUGAAAUUAAUGCCAUCAGCACGGCCUGUUCCAAUGAUCUCAAAGAGUGUAGGGACCUGGUUGUUGGGCUUUAUAGUGAGUGGAUGAACAACACUGAUAAUAACCCGAUCCACCCCAACCUUCGGUCUACUGUCUAUUGCAAUGCUAUCGCUUUUGGCGGCGAGGAAGAGUGGAACUUUGCUUGGGAACAGUUCCAGAAAGCAACUUUAGUGAACGAGGCAGACAAACUCCGGACAGCCUUGACCUGUAGCAAAGAGGUGUGGAUUUUGAACAGGUACCUGAGUUACACUCUGAACCCAGACUACAUCCGGAAGCAGGAUGCCACGAACACCAUCAUCAACAUCGCCAACAAUGUGGUUGGGCAGACUCUGGCUUGGGACUUUGUCCGGAGUAACUGGAAGAAACUGUUUGAGGAUUACGGUGGAGGAUCUUUCUCCUUUGCCAAUCUCAUCCAGGGAGUGACCCGGCGCUUCUCCACUGAGUUAGAGCUGCAGCAGCUGGAGCAGUUUAAGGUGGAGAACUCGGCGACGGGCUUUGGCUCCGGCACUCGGGCUCUGGAGCAAGCCCUGGAGAAGACGAAAGCCAACAUCAACUGGGUGAAGGAGAACAAAGAUGUGGUACUCAAGUGGUUCACAGAGAACAGCAGUUAGUCCCUGGUUCUGAGAACCACUUGUCCCAGUGUGACACCUCUGACUAUCUCAGCAGCCUGUGCAGGGUCUCUAUCCUCAGAGCUCCACACACCAGCAUCCUACCCUCAAGGAUGAAGUCUCCAGCCUAGCUCCUGAUUGUCAGGCUGCCAGAUACCUCCCAGUUCUUGCCCCUCAUGCCAGCUCUGCCCCAGACUCAGGCCUCUGGGGCUGAUCUCAGGGAAGCCCAGCUCUGAGGCUAGAUUUACUGGACAAAGGGCAGCUACAGAGAGUCUCCCUGAAUGCUCUGCUACUUUCCCCCCACAAGACCCAGAACCAAAGAAUCAACAGAGAAUAAGAUCUAUAUAUAUAUUUUUAAGAGAAAAUGUAAAUAAAUAAUUUCUAAAAUGA